AUGGAUUGGGAAGCAAUAGUAAUAGGUGGAGGGCACGCUGGCAUAGAAGCAAGCUUAGCACUAGCACGGCUUGGUCAUGCUACAGUGCUUAUAACACAGAACCUAGACACCAUAGGCAAGUUGUCGUGCAACCCCGCAGUUGGUGGACUUGCAAAAGGAAACAUGGUUCGCGAAAUAGAUGCGCUUGGAGGGCAGAUGGGGCGCUUAAUAGAUGCAACCAUGAUACAAUUCCGGAUAUUAAACAAAAGCAAGGGGCCCUCAGUACAGUCUCCACGAGCGCAGGCAGAUAAGCUAGCGUAUCAAGUAGAGGCAAAAAAAAGCGUAGAGCAGGAGAAAAAACUCAGUCUCUUGCAAGGCACUGUUGUUGAUCUGCUUAUACAGGAAUCAGCAAAAGGGAAACAAGUUUGUGGUGUGCGAAUAGAUACAGGAGCAGUAGUAACUGCAAAGGUUGUGGUACUUACAACAGGCACCUUUUUGAAUGGAAAAAUUUUUAUUGGCGAGUACACAGCAAGUGGAGGAAGACUUGCAGAGCCAGCCACCGCAGGGAUUGAAAUAGUCUUGCAAGAAGCAGGUAUUAGCAUGGGAAGACUUAAAACAGGAACUCCAGCUAGAGUACACAAACGAUCGCUCCAUUUUGAAAAACUACAGCAGCAGUUUGGAGACGAAACCAUUACCCCUUUUUCUUUUUCUCAGCAGCAUAUAGACAAAGAGCAGGUUGCAUGCUAUCUCAGCAAUACAACAGAAGAAACACACCGGUGCAUACGUAAUAAUAUGCACAGGUCGCCACUGUAUUCGGGCAAAAUAAUAGGUUCAGGACCUCGCUACUGUCCCUCUAUAGAGGAUAAAGUGCAGAAAUUUCCUGAUAGAGAGCAGCACCAAGUUAUUAUAGAACCAGAAGGCCUCAGCACCGAAGAGAUGUACCUGAAUGGACUCUCUACUUCCUUACCUACCGAUGUUCAAGAAGAGUUUAUCCAUACUAUACCUGGCUUAGAGCAGGCAGAGUUAUUACGUCCAGGCUAUGCGGUAGAGUACGAUUACUGCGACCCCUCGCUUUUAUACGAGCAUUUAGAAAGCAAAUACAUCUCGCGCCUUUUUCUCGCAGGUCAAAUUAAUGGAACUUCUGGGUAUGAAGAGGCAGCGGCACAGGGUCUUAUGGCAGGUAUAAACGCAUCAGCAUUGUUACGAAACAUGGAGCCUCUUAUUCUCAGCAGGAGCGAGGCGUACAUCGGUGUUCUUAUUAACGACUUAGUAACACUUGGAACCAAAGAACCAUAUAGAAUGUUUACAUCACGUGCUGAACAUCGAAUGAAUCUGAGGCACGACAGUUCUGACCUACGUCUUGCAGAGCUUGGCUACACAGUAGGGCUUAUUGAUGAACUGAGCAUGCAGCGUGUUAAUAAAAAAAGAAAUGACGUCAAAGAACUCAAAAAGCUCUUGAGCACACGUCGUGUAAAUAAAAGAAUAGUGGAUGCAGAACCAUCUCUUAAAACACAGCUUGGAGUACAUUUCUUGCAAUUACUACGCCGUCCCGACAUGGAUAUUUCUAUGCUUAUGAGCUAUCUCGGAGCGGGGGAUAUCAUACAUUCUUUUCAUUCUGAUGUACUGCACCAGACAGAAAUUGAUAUAAAAUACGAGGGGUUUAUUCGAAGAGAAGAGCAGAAAAUAGAAAAAUUAAAAAAAAUAGAAAAAAAGCUAAUCUCUCCAAGCAUUAAUUACGAUAAUAUAAAAGGGCUAUCAAAUGAAUGCCGUGAAAAAUUGAAGCAAAUGAAACCACGAACCUUACAGCAGGCUUCAAGGAUUUCAGGCAUUAGGCAAUCUGAUAUAAAGCUCCCAUCGAGCUCGGUAUCUAAGAGUAUUCUCAAUAGCACUCUUUCUAAUAAUAUUGUCUACAACAGGGUAAAUCAAGAUUUUGUCCCCGUGCUUAUACAAGGCGACGCUAUUGUAAGCGCUGAUUUUGCUGUUCGUAGAUUUCCCACCUUGCUUAUCUACGAUCCUAAUACUCGUACAGAAUUAGGUCGCUUGAGUGGCAUUAUGUCUCCUGAUAGUGUGUUUUCUCUUAUGACAUCAGCAUUAGAUGUAGUAAAUGAUACUGGCGGAGGUCGUGAAGUUUCAGAUUCGAACGCAAACUUUGGAGAUGAGGCGGGUUCUUUGUUCUCUGAAGACACUAAAACAUCUCUUAUCUAUGAAUACGAAGGGGGAGCUUUCAUUUACCUAGGAGAAAAUAACUGGGUGCACAGCACAAGUUUUUAUCCAAGGAUUAACUUUGUUCAAUUUCAUAAAGAUGAUGUACACUUCUUUAUUGCGAAUAGGGAACUAAAUAUUUACUUUGCUAUCCCACAAAAAGAGGCAAGUUUUUGGAUAUGGAAAAAGGGAAAGAAUGAAGGGGAUGUGAGCACUGAAGAUACUUGGAUAUAUGCUAACAAGAUAACAGACAUUACGCAAGGCUCUCUUUUCGAUUAUAUUGCAGAGAAUAGUGCAAUAGGUCAAGAAAACAACUAG